AUGAAAAACAGCACAAGAAAAACCUCCAGCACAAGCAUCAGCACCAGCACAAGCACAAGCACCAGCACCAGCACCAGCACCACCACCACACCAGCACUAGCACCACCGCCAGCACUACCACCAGAACCAGCACUAGAACCAGCAUUAGCAGCGGAAGUGGCAUUAGUACAAGCAACUGCACAAGCGCCAAAAAGCACAAGCGCAAACUCCAGGACAAGCAUCAGCACCAGAACCAACACCAGUACGAGCUCCAGUACUAGUACAGGCAACAGCAAAAGCGCCGACACCAGCACCAGCACUAGCGCAAGCACCAGCAGUAGUAUCAGCACCAAGACGAAAACCACACCAACACCAGCCACAGCACCAGCACCAGCACCAGCACCAGCGCCAGCGCCAGCACCAGCGCCAGCACCAGCGCCAGCACAAGCGCCAGCACCAGCGCCAGCACCAGCGCCAGCACCAGCGCCAGGAAAAGCGCCAGCACCAGCGCCAGCACCAGCCAGCACCAGCACCAGCACAAGCGCCAGCAGCAGUGCCAGCACCAGUGCCAGCACCAGCACCAGCACCAGCACCAGCACCAGCACCAGCGCCAGCACCAGCGCCAGCACCAGCGCCAGCACCAGCGCCAGCACCAGCACCAGCGCCAGCAGCAGCGCCAGCACCAGGACCAGCACCAGCGCCAGCACCAGCACCAGCACCAGUGCCAGCACCAGUGCCAUCACCAGUGCCAGCACCAGUGCCAGCACCAGUGCCAGCACCAGGACCAGCACCACCGCCAGUGCCAGCACCAGUGCCAGCACCAGCGCCAGCACCAGCGCCAGCGCCAGCACCAGCGCCAGCACCAGUGCCAGUGCCAGCACCACUGCCAGCACCAGUGCCAGCACCAGCGCCAGCACCAGCACCAGCAUCAGCGCCAGCACGAGCAUCAGCACCAGCAUCAGCACUAGCGCCAGCACCAGCACUAGCACAAGCUCCAGCACAAGCUCCAGCACCAGCAUCAACACAGGCACAAGUACCAGAACCAGCCCUAGCACUAGUACAAGCACCAGCACAAGCACCGGCACCAGCACCAGCUCCAACACCAGCUCUAGUAUUAGAACAGACACCAGCUCAAACGCCGGCACCUGCCCAGGCUCCAGCACCAAUUCAGGCACCAGCACAGGCACCAGCACAAGCACCGGAACCACUACCAGGACCACCACCAGCACCAGUACCAUCCUAAGCACCAGGACAGGAACAAGAGCCAGCACCAGCACAAUUACCAGCACAGGCACAGGGUCAAGCACCAGCACCAGCACCACCACCACAACCAGCACAACCACCAGCACAAGCACCAGUCUAAGCACCAGGACAGGAACAAGCGCCCGCACCAGCUCCAGCACCAGUACAGGCACAAUCACAAGCGCCAGCACAAGCCUAGGGACCACCAUUAGCACCAGCAUCACUAAGCACGAGGACAGGCACAAGCGCCAGCAUCAGCACAAACACCACCAACAGCAAAAGCAACGCCACAGGCACCAGAACAAGCGCAUACACCGGACCAGGCACUAG